AUUUAUUUACACAGAAUAUUUAUAAAAAUAUUAAAUAUCUUUGGAAGAUAAAUUCUAGAUAUCAAAAUGAUGAAAAAAGUUCACAUAUACACAUGUAAUAAGAUUUAAUUAAUAGAUUAUAAUGUUUACAUUAACUACUUUGGUACGAGCGUCGACUAUAGUCGACGGCCACAGAUGACCCCAUACAACCGAGCGUCGACUAUAGUCGACAGCCAGGAAUUUUAUCUUAUCUUUGCAGUUGGGGAGUAUUCGUUCGCAUAAUUUUAGUUUCGCUCAGUCCAUCGCUCAACACGGUUCUGUGACGUUUUUAUAUGUGUAAAAUAGGAGUUAUUAUAUUUAAUUCUUUUUAUAUUUUAAAGAAAUAAAUAAAAGCGCUUUUAAUUCAUGGACCUAUAAUGAAUUCUGAUACAUCAUCAAGUGAAGACAGUAUCGUUUUUAGACGCAUAAAUGUUAAGUCAAAAAGAAAGAGAGCAAUAAUUCUGUCGUCGGAUUCAGAAGUAGAAGAAUUAACUGCAAAAAACAAAGAACUAAAUACGUGGUCGCGUGCAAACUUGAAUCCACACAUACACACGUUUAUUGAUGAAGAUUGUGGAAUUAAGGCAGAAAAUAUUAAAGACACAUUUAAUGUUUUGGAUUAUUUCCAAAUAUUUUUUUCGGAGAAUUUAGUAGGAGAUAUUGUAAAUACCACAAAUAGUUACUAUCGACACUUAUCAUCAAAUAACAUUUCUUCUUCGUUGAAAAAUUGGUCCGAUACAACCAUAAAUGAAAUGUUUACUUUUUUUGCGUUAACGCUUACAAUGUCGCGUAUGAAAAAAUUAUCUAUAAAAGAGUAUUGGACUACUCAUGAUGUGCUUAAAACCGAUAUAUUUAACAAAUAUAUGUCGCGAGAUAGAUAUACAAUAUUAUACAAUAAAGAUGCUUUACUUUAGCGACAAAAAAUCUGAAAGGUCAAAAGAUCGACUAGCAAAAAUUCGGGGUCUUUUUGAUAAACUGCGUGAAAUAUUUAAAAAAUCAUUUUCUCCAUUCAGGAAUUUAUGCAUUGACGAGAGUCUGUUACUUUUUAAGGGACGAUUAUUUUUCAAACAUUAUAUACCAUCGAAGAGAAACAGGUUUGGGAUAAAAUCAUUUGUAUUGUGCGAUUGUUCAACGGGAUACGUUUUAGAUGUAAUUGUUUACACCGGCUCAACAUCCGAGAUGCAAGCAUUUUCUGCAAAAUUGGGUAAAGCUGGCAAUAUUGUUGCAACAUUGAUGCAACCUUAUUUAGGAAAAGGCCAUCAAUUAUUCGUAACUGGUAUCUAUAACUGGUAUUCGAGUCGAAUCAUUAGUACGAUUUCAUGCACAAGAAAAACACUGAAAUGGUACAAGAAAUUCUUUUUUCAUUUACUAGAUAUUUCAAUAUGGAAUGCGUAUUGUUUAUAUAAAUUUAAUACGAAAAAGAAUAUAUCAAUGUCUGAUUAUUAUUUAGCGUUAAUAACAGAACUUUUAAAGCAAUACUCGGAAUCGCGAAAAUACAACUCUGAUACUCCAUCAGCAUAUCUUAUGCGUUUUAAGGAAAGACAUUUUCCAGCGCUGUACAGUAGUGAUAAAACAAAAAGGCAAAAUCCAAUGAGAAGAUGUAUUGUGUGUUCAAUGGAUAACAAAAGACGUAGUACUAGAUAUUAUUGUAAACAAUGCAAUGUUGGCUUAUGUGUAGUCCCAUGUUUCGAAAUGUAUCACACCGAACAAUAACAUUUAUUGUGAUAUUUAAAAACUUAUAAUAUGAAUAAAAUAAAACAAUAAUUUUAAGUUAAA